AUGGUCAACGCCGCCGAAGCCCCUCUGUUGGCCCACCAGGAGGACGACUUCGAUGAUGAACUCCAACCAGAAGCCGCUGAUGCUGGGAGGGCGGACAACAAGCAGCAACAGUCCGGGCCGAUUGGGACCUUCGUCUGGCUCCUGACCCUAUCUGCUUACGACACAGGAGUCAUCUCGGCCACGUUGGUCUCGGUUCGGACGUCUCUCUCCGGCCGAGAGCUGGGCUCCUUCGACAAGUCCAUCAUCACGUCCUGCACCGCGCUCUUCGCCCUCGUCGCCUCGCCGCUGUCCUCCAUCCUCGCCGAUGCCUUCGGUCGGAAGCCCGUCAUACUGAUGGCGGAUGUGCUCUUUAUAUUCGGGGCCCUGGUGCAGGCGCUCAGCUACACAGUCUCUAACAUGGUCAUUGGGCGGUCGAUUGUCGGCUGGGCGAUCGGCGCUGCGAGCUUUGUGACGCCGCUCUAUAUCGCUGAGCUGGUCCCUGCUGCGCAUCGAGGCCGGCUUGUGACCCUGAAUGUCCUCUCUAUCACGAUGGGCCAGGUGGUCGCGUACGUGGUCGGCUGGAUCUUCGCUGAAUAUGGUGAGCCCAGUAUGGGGUGGCGGUUCACGGUUGGCCUCGGCGCCGUGCCUGCUGUGCUGCAAUGUGUGCUUGUGAUCUUCAUGCCAGAAAGUCCGCGAUGGUUGGUCAAGGCCAAGAAGCCGGUUGAGGCUCGGGCCGUUAUCCAGAAGACCUUGGGAUCCGAUCAAGCCUCCAGUCACCUAGUCGAUGACAUUCUUGAAUCUAUCGAGGUUGAAAUUAUAGAGGAAGAGAACAGUGCCAAGUUGAACAGUCGGCAACGUAGUAGCCACAGCUUGUUGACGGGAUGGGACAAUUUGUUCAACGUGCCAAAGAAUCGGCGGGCCUUGACGAUUGCUUGUCUUCUUCAGGGGCUGCAACAACUUUGUGGCUUCAACUCCCUUAUGUACUUCUCGGCCACCAUAUUCUCCAUGCUUGGAUUCACCGCUCCAACGUUGACCUCUUUGAGCGUUGCCGCCACCAACUUUGUCUUCACAGUAGCAGCCUUGCUGCUAAUUGACCGAAUCGGGCGUAGGCGGAUUCUGCUGUACUCAAUUCCGUUCAUGGUCAUUGGUCUGUUUCUAUCAGCAUACGGUUUCCGGUCUACCAAGAUACCACCAGCCGAAGUCAAGAUGAGCGACUCGAUGCGCAGUGGGGCCUUCAUCAUACUCGCCAGCAUCAUGAUCUACGUGGCUUCCUAUGCCCUAGGGCUCGGCAACGUCCCCUGGAUGCAGAGCGAGCUCUUCCCGCUCAGUGUUCGUUCGCUGGGCAGCGGAGUGGCAACGGCCACGAACUGGCUGGCGAAUUUCGUCGUGGGCUUAACAUUCCUGCCUCUGAUGGAUUCGUUGACGCCAAGUUGGACCUUUGUGCUGUAUGGUAUUAUUUGCGUCGCUGGCUGGUUCGGGGUUUGGUUGAUUUACCCAGAGACAGUUGGGUUGACUCUAGAAGAAGCCACUGGCUUGCUUGAGAAUGGCUGGGGCGUGAGGUGA